GGAAAGGGACCACUGCCUUGCCUGCCCCGUUUCAAAAUGGCCGCGCUACGGCUGGUGGUCAUCGCCUUUAUAGCAACUUUCUCGCGUCACGCGGUCGCCGAUGAGGAUUCUCAAGGCAAAGCAGGUUUCUGCAACGUUGCGGCUGACAGUGGCAGCCAAGGCAUUGCCUGCCAACCUCCAGUGGAUGCCAACGAGCAUGUCAAAUCAGUUUAUGUUGCGAAUGAUUCUGAAUCAGUCAAGCCUGGUACUCACCGCCUAGUCAUAUUUACAGUCGCCAGUGAUGAAACGGAUGGUUUUAAGCGUUUUGCUCGCUCUGCAAAAAUCUAUGGCUUGCAACCAAAGAUUCUUGGAAUGCAUGAAGAUUGGCUUGGGGGUGACAUGGCUAAAGGAAUGGGAGGUGGCUACAAAGUCAGGCUCCUCAAGAAGGCCCUAGAAGAUUACAAGGACGAUGCAUCGACAUUAAUCAUGUUUGUUGACAGUUACGAUGUCAUAUUCACUGCUGGAGAAGACGAAAUACUUCGGAAGUUCUACAAGUUCAACUCUAAUGUUGUGUUUUCAGCUGAGGGCUUUUGCUGGCCCGACAAAAGUCUUGCGGAGGCUUAUCCAAUAGCAAAUGGGGAACGUUUUCUCAAUUCAGGAGCUUGCCCCGAUUUCUCAUACGCAGGUUUCAUCGGUUACGCUCCUCAGGUGUACAGUAUUGUUUCUAGUUCCGAUCUUGAAGAUGAUGCGGACGACCAGCUAUUCUACACCAAGGUUUACCUUAAUGAGGACCUUAAGAGAAAAUGGGGCAUCAAGCUAGACCAUAAAGCUGAAAUUUUCCAGAAUCUGAAUGGAGCAGUAGGUGAUGUGGAGCUGCUGGGCUUAGAUUCUGAGCCAUACUUGCAUAAUUCUGCUUAUGGGACAACACCUUUGGUCAUACAUGGCAAUGGGCCUAGCAAAGUCAUAUUGAACAACCUUGGAAACUACCUUGCCAAGUCCUGGAAUGACAUAGCUGGUUGCCGUGUCUGCUAUGACACCUUCAGCCUUUCUGACAAGUUGGACUCCGAGCUGCCAAAGGUUUUGAUUGCUAUCUUUGUGGAGCACCCCACACCUUUCUUGAAAGAGGCCCUGAAUAAAAUCUACAACCUGAAGUACCCGAAGGAGAAGAUACAUCUCUUUGUGCAUAAUGCUGAGGAGUUCCAUGAUGCAGAGGUGACCAAGUUCGUGGAGGAGAAAGGGCCGGCUUACCAUUCUGUGAAGUACUUGGAUGUGUCUGAGGCCAAAAAAGAAUGGCAUGCCCGUAAUCUGGCUCUGGAGGAGUGCUUGAAGAUCAACUGCGAUUAUGCCUUCUUUGUGGACAGUGAAGUCCACAUUGACAAUCCUGGUACCCUGAGGCUUCUCAUAGAAACAAACAGGACAAUCGUAGCCCCAUUGUUGUCAAGAGAGAAGAGUCUGUGGUCCAACUUCUGGGGUGCCCUCUCUGCAGACGGCUACUAUGCGCGGUCCCAUGACUACGUGUCUCUCGUGAAACGAGAGCGCAAGGGCAUAUGGAACGUGCCUCUCGUGAACGGAGCGUACCUGAUCAAUGGUUCGCUGGUCAAGUCGCGCGAGAAAUUCCCAUCCUUCAUCAACGGUCUCCUGGAUCCCGACAUGGCCUUCUGCAAGAACAUGCGCGACAAGGGUAUAUUUAUGUUCAUGACAAACAUGGAUAACUACGGUCAUCUCAUAAAUGCUGAAACGUUCGACAUCAGGCACAAAAACCCGGACUUCUAUGAAAUCUACAGCAAUCAAAAGGAUUGGGAGCAGCGCUACCUUCAUGAGAAUUACACCAAAGUUCUCGAUCCCAGCUACAAAGUUGAUAUGCCUUGUCCAGAUGUGUACUGGUUCCCUGUUGUCUCCGAGACCUUCUGUGAACAUCUGAUUCAGAUAAUGGAAAAUUUUGGAAAGUGGUCCAGCGGCACGAAUGAGGACGAACGACUUGCUGGUGGCUACGAGAAUGUCCCGACUAGGGACAUCCACAUGAAUCAGGUCGGCUUGGAACAGCACUGGCUCUUCUUCCUUAGAGAAUACAUCAGGCCUGUGCAAGAAAAAGUGUUUCUGGGAUACUUUCAUGAUCCUCCAAAGGCCAUUAUGAACUUUGUUGUUCGUUAUCAUCCAGAGGAACAGUACUUUCUACGUCCACACCAUGAUUCAUCAACAUACACUAUUAAUAUUGCACUUAACAGACCUCGUGUGGACUACGAGGGUGGUGGCUGCCACUUUCUAAGGUACAACUGCAGUGUCAUAGACCUGAAACGUGGCUGGACUUUGAUGCACCCUGGACGCCUGACACACUACCAUGAAGGAUUGGCGGUUACAAAGGGAACGCGCUACAUUAUGGUCUCUUUUGUGGACCCUUGAAGACAGGAUCUCUUUCUUUAUUUGCUUUAAUGUGGCCAUGUGCACUCAUACAUUUAAUGCAGAGGCUUCUAGAUUUUGUUCUUCUUUUCAGCAAGUCUUAUGAAAUUGAGGUGUUUUAGAAUCUUCAUGAUGGCUGCAACACACAGUAAUCUGUGCAAGGUACAUGAAGUCUGCUGACAGUUUAACGAUCGUCUGUGAAUUUCUGCCAGGGAAUUAGUUUUUGUUAAAUAUGUCUGGAUCUUGUGGUGAAGUCAUGCAAUCUUCUUUUUUUGCAUAAUCAUAGUGCUACCACAGCAGCUUGUGGUCCUCUUGCAAAUGCUAGCCAGCAUGGUAAAAGAGCUCUGUCGUAAGCAUUUUUAACAUGCCCAAGACAGUCUCACAUGGUGUAAAAGAACUGUAAAAUGAAUGGAUGUAGUUUGUGUGACAACAGUAUAGGAAAGCCACAUUUUUUACACGUGCCUUCAAGAGUCUCAUGGAAAGCUGUCUGGUAUCAUAAUGUGACUUGGAGCUGUCAUGACUGAAUGUCCUUGCUACUGUCAUUUUUACUUGUACUUUUUUAAAAAUUCAAGAUGAAUGUGCAAGGUUUACCAUGUUUUACAUGAUGCACUGUGCUAUGAUGUACUGAGUACUUUUAAUUCCUAGCUUUUGCUUGUGUUUUUAUGUCAUGAAUUCUUGUUCUGAGCAAUUACUUUUUUCUUGCUGAUUAAUCAGCAUAAGCCAAAUAUUGCAUCAAACUGCAGUGUUCAUACAAUUGAAGUUAUUGCAUGUAGUUGCUGUGCUAGUGUCAUAUUUUGGAAUAGUAAACUGGGGUUUAUGACACGUCUAGGUGACAUAACGUCUGCACUUGUUAAAGACUAAGCUACCAUCUUUUUUCUUCUUUAUCGCACUGUGGUUUAAACACCAUUCGUCACUGUUUCAUAUGAUGAUUAUCGUGGCUCUGUAACCAUUUAAUGACCUUGCUAAAAUGUCAUCUUCUACCAUUUCAUCCCUACUUUUGUGAAGAACUUGUCUCUGAAUUGAAUUGCUGCUACUGCCAUUCUUGCAUCUAGUCAAACCUUUUACUUUACAUGCUGUAUCAUAGCACACUAAGCAUGUCAAGGCAAUGACUAUUUGUUGUCACAAAGUCUGUCUUGAGCAAGUACAGUUUCCUGGUGUGGGCCAGCUUUGCUGUGCAUUUCUGGGUUGUCUUUCUUUCUGAAGCACUGGGUGUUUUCUGUCGGAGGGUUUCAAUUAUUUAAAUGUAGCGAUUUUUGUAAAGACAAACAUUUUUUGUCAUUCAUGUUGUCUAAUUAUUUUGCAGUAAAUAAUUGUAAUCUUAAGAUGAGCUUGGCAUAUUCAUUGCCAUAUGACACAGCAAUUUCUAUCGAACAGCCAUAAGGAAUGAUAAACAUUGAGAUGAAGCAAUCACUUUUCAAUCCUUGUUGUACUAUGCUAGACUACUUCACUGUAACGUCAUUUUAUUUUUCAUGCUUUUAUUUGACAAAUUGCACAGAGCACAUGCAUAAUGACUGCAUGUUAAUGAUAUGUAUGCUUUUACUAUAGUUUGCAGAACAUACAGCUUAAAAAUGUCAGUAAACAUUUUAUAUAUUAUCACAUUCUAGCAAUAUUGCUAACGGCGACUAACACAAUGUAUUGGUAUGUGCAAUGCCGCAUUUUGCCUCUUUAUCAGAUCUUUGCACGCAUGCAUGAUCCUGUGCUACAUUAGAGUCUGUUGUAAAAAAUAUUGCAAAUUGUACCCUGUACCUGUGUAAAAUUGCCGUGUACAGGAGUUGUCCUUAUCCAACACUAGUGCUGUUAUUUUCACUGGUACAUUACCUGCAAAGGUGUUCAGAGCAUGGGUUCUGAGAAAAAGCAAACCUUCAUUACAGACAAUGCAUUUGACUUUAAAUCAAAAUGUGCGGUGGAUAUUUCCACACAUGACUAUCACAUUGCUCAUUGGGUUUCCUGGGUGAGUGCUCAAGUUGCAAGAAAAGCGUACUUUUAUGCUUAUUCCAUGCUCCAAACACUUUUGCGAUCAGCUGCACAUUUUUUUUUGUAUACACAUGUUAGGAGUGUGCUGUCACUUAUGAAAGCAUUAGCUGUGCGUGUCUUAAAAGUGCCAAACUGCCACGGUGAGGUUUCAGUCGAUGCUUUCAACUUUCUUACGCCCUAUUUAUGUGUCGCCAUUUUGUCUUGUGUGUUUUCAAGCUGCUUAAGCUUUUGUUGAUGCUUGUUUAGACUGCAUUUGUUUCUUUUCUCUCCAUAUAGUCUAGUCUUUUACCAGUGCUGAAACUGUUCUGAGAAAAAAGAACAGUACGGAAUCAUUGUUGACUAGUUUACUACAGCAUGCGUUUUGCUGUUUUGAGGAUGCUAACUUUUUUUCGUAUACCCUGGAUCCUAGCAAGAACUUUGUAGUAAACUUUACGGUGUCUGCCACUUACUUUUAACUCAGUGUUUUUUUUGCCCAACUAUCGUGCAGGUGCGUGUCUUAGUUCCGUGACUGAGAAUUUGUUAUUUGCAUACAAUGUAGAAGAAUAUAUUGCUGAAAGUUGCAUGUAUCCAAAGACAUAAGUGUUCUGCUUUUCUGUUGCGCCAAUGUUUUAUGUUGGUGUUCGCUGCUGUUAACCGUUUUUUUUUUCUAGUGGCUUGUUGUAGGUGCCAAUACUCAUUUGCAAUCACUGUUUAGCCCAUGGUUCUUCGGACUUAAUUUGUAGCCAAUACUUGAGCACACUUGUGGUUGAAGAACUGCUUGAGAAAGUAUUUUGUACAAACAAAUAAACAGUUUUUUAGAACA